CAACCCCCCGCCUCCGGCGCGAGCUCGCAGCAGCACGCGUCCUUUUAGCUGCUAGCUCACCUCGUCAAACUCUCGCCUCUCCCCCCACAACGCGAGAGCUUGCCGACGUCGGCGUUCAUGCGCGGCCCGCUGCUGCUGCGCGCCGUCGUCGUCGUCGCCAUGGAGCACUUCAACGACUGGGACCUGCAGGCCGUCGUGCGGAGCUGCAGCUUCCCGCAAUCGGAGCCUCCUCGCGUCGGCGUCGGCGUCCCCGCGGCGCCGGGAGCGGGCGGGGCUCCGGUGGUGGUGGCGCCGCCCGCGCGCGCACCGGAUGGUCCGGAUCAGAUGGCGCGGGCGUCGGCGUCGGCGCUGUACGACCUCGAGUACCUGGAUUUGGAUCAUAAGCCGUUCUUGCUGCCCGGGUCGUCGUCUUCGUCGUCGUCGUCCCGAGCGGUGGCGCGGGCGCGAGGGGAGGAUGACGGCAAAGGCAGACACGAGGUGAUGAUCUCUUUCCCCGCGGCGGCGGCGGCCUCCACGUCCGGUGCGCAGCCGCGGUCGCCGUCCGGUCGGAAGCCGGGCAUACGCACCCCGCGGCCUAAGAGAAGCAAGAAGAGCCAGCUGAAGAAGGUGGUGUACGAGGUGCCGGUGGCGGACGGCGGCGUCUCCUCCGACCUGUGGGCGUGGCGCAAGUACGGCCAAAAGCCCAUCAAGGGCUCGCCUUAUCCACGGGGAUACUACAAGUGCAGCAGCAUGAAGGGGUGCAUGGCCAGGAAGAUGGUGGAGCGCAGCCCGGCCAAGCCCGGGAUGCUCGUCGUCACCUACAUGGCCGAGCACUGCCACCCCGUGCCGACCCAGCUCAACGCGCUCGCCGGCACCACCCGCCACAAGUCCGCCCCUACCGGCGACGACGACAAGCCGACGUCGCCGGGCCCUGCAGCCGGCAGAGCGGCCGCCGGCGAGGGAGUGGUCAAGUGCGAGGACGUCGACGGCAACGAGCUGUCGGCGAUGGCCGCGGAUGGCGGCGCAGAGGACACGGCGGCGGCGGCGGAUGACGACGGUGAGUUGUGGCCGGAGGGGAUGGGGCUGGAGCUGGACGAGUUCUUGGGUCCCAUGGAUGACGACGUGUUCGAGUUCGACCAUGUCUUGGAGGACGACGGCGUGCUGGGGCGACGGCUCUCGCUAUAGCUGCAAGAGAAAAGCUGUACUAGCUAGCUUUGACGAGCCUUUUAGGACAGUUGACUGUCAGCUCCAACCUCUUCAGGAGAUCCAAGCCAUGUAUAGGCGGUUUUUAUUCGUGCGUGUUUGUGGCAUGAUCUCUCUCAAGUCAAGGUUCCAAGUUUCAAGUUUGCACAAGUGUAUAUACUUGUAAUAUUCGCAGGGAUGUCAGUGCGCAUUGACACUUUUGCAUUCCUGUACAUAAUUCUCGUGGUUGGUGACUUUGUCCCAACACGUGGACCGGGCUCAAA